CAGAGAAGUAAUGUUUGUCACCCAUCGUGUUAUAUUCUCGAUUAUCACGAUCAGUUUUUGGCUCUGGCGCGGGGCUAUGUCACAGUUCCUUGUUCCGGGUUGCGGCUAUCCUGGCAUCACCCCCAAAAUAAUGCAUGGUCAGAAGGCGGAAAUCGGAAGCAAUCCUUGGAUGGCAUAUAUAUUCAAAUAUAAAGAUGAGAGUGUAGCUGAGCUCGUAUGCGGGGGAACUCUAAUUCACAAAGAAUUCGUUUUGACUGCAGCCCAUUGCAUCUCAAAAGACCAUAUACUUGCCGUGCGUCUUGGAGAACAUGGUACAUCAAGGAAUUUUGCAGUGACCAAGGCCUUUCGGAACAAGUACUUUAGACAUGAAACUUAUACCAACGAUAUAGGGAUACUUCAAAUACAACCAGUGUACUUUAAUGCUUUCAUCAGACCCGUGUGCAUCAUCACGGAUCCCGCAAAAGUGCCCAAAUUCAAAACCUUCCAGGCUGCAGGUUGGGGAAAAACAGAAAACGAGACGUCAUCGAGAGUGCUGAAAACCGUAGAGUUGUACGAAUAUAAUGCAUACUACUGUUACAAUUUGUUUUGGGUGAAUAUAACCGAGAGCCAGAUCUGCGCAGGCCAUCCGCACGGGGACACCUGCCAUGGUGACUCUGGAGGUCCGUUGAUUCAUCCGGUCUAUGUGAAUGGGUCUCUGCGGUACGCGCAAUUUGGAAUCAUCAGUUUUGGAGGCUCGGAGUGCACAGGUCCAGGUGUUUAUACCCGUCUAUCGAGCUUUACCGACUGGAUUCUUAUGGUGAUAGACAAGUACACAGCACGCAGUUCACCGAAGAUCUCUGCAGCUGCAUCCCUUUCUGAUGGGCGGUGGAAUGUAGGCGGCAGGUUUGCCAGGAAAGGCAUUGACUCGCACCGGAAGCGAGCUAGCCACUCAUCAAAGCGAUAUGACAAACAGUGAUACACAUGUGAGCUAAUCCACUUUUAAAUUAGCCAUUUCCUAUGAAAUGAAACGACGAUUUGUGUGGCGAUUUCAAAGAAAAAGAUUUUAUUUUGUUAAAGCGAAAUUUGUUCAGCUCUGCAUAGAUAACGAAGGUUACCGAAAAGCUUAAAUAUGUUAUGGUAAUAAAUAAAUAAACAAA